AAAGAGUUUUAUCAAAAACCAAAACCACAUUGUCUUCUCUCCCAAAUCUCAAUCUUGAAUCAUCAUUAUUAUUCUCUUAUAUUAUUGUUUAUAUUAUCAUCAUCACUUCAAUCGAUAUGUCUAAGGUGAAUGAGAAAGAUGCAGCUGGCAAACCUGAGACCUCUGUUGAAGAGAAAACUGAUACUGCCAAGAAAACUUCAUCGGAAUCAAGCUCUUCAGGUGUACCUCCUAUGACCUCCAUGCCUGGAGCUGGAUUUCCUGGAAAUCCUUUUGACUUCUCAUCGAUGGCUGGUCUACUUAAUGACCCAAGCAUUAAGGAAUUAGCAGAGCAAAUAGCAAAAGAUCCGUCAUUCAACCAGAUGGCUGAGCAACUCCAGCACACCUUUCAUGGGGCUAAUGAAGGUAUUCCACAGUUUGAUACACAACAGUAUUAUUCCACCAUGCAGCAGGUCAUGCAAAACCCACAAUUCAUGAACAUGGCUGAACGCCUCGGUAGUGCCAUGAUGCAGGAUCCAUCGAUGUCUCAAAUGCUUGAAAGUUUAUCCAACCCAGCUCAAAAGGAUCAGCUUGAAGAACGUAUGGCACGUAUCAAAGAAGAUCCAUCCUUGAAACCUAUCUUAGAAGAGAUAGAAUCUGGUGGUCCAACAGCAAUGAUGAAGUACUGGAAUGAUCAAGAUGUUCUAAAGAAACUGGGUGAAGCAAUGGGUCUUGCAGUCACUGAAGAUGCUACUGCUUCCGCUGGGAAUCCAGUAGCAGAUGAAGCCGAAGAAGAUGCAAAUGAGGAUGAGUCGAUUGUUCAUCAGACUGCUAGUACUGGUGACCUUGAGGGUUUGAAGGCCGCGUUAGCGUCUGGUGCCGAUAAAGAUGAAGAAGACUCAGAGGGAAGGACCGCAUUACAUUUUGCUUGUGGAUAUGGCGAGGUGAAAUGUGCUCAAGUUCUCCUUGAGGCUGGAGCAAAGGUGGAUGCAUUAGACAAAAACAAGAACACUGCUCUCCAUUACGCAGCCGGUUAUGGCAGGAAAGAGUGUGUGGCCCUCUUGCUCGACAAUGGUGCCGCUGUCACUCUGCAAAACAUGGAUGGGAAAACACCUAUUGACGUUGCGAAACUGAACAACCAUAAUGAUGUACUGAAGCUGCUGGAGAAGGAUGCUUUCCUAUAAGCGACAGACAACCUAAAUGUACACUUUGCAAUGGUUCUUAUUUGUUUUGUUGCAAGUUUGUUAGUCAAAUUGCAUAAUUGACCUUGUCGUCAUCUUUGUGUGUACCUACCUGGGUGAUAUAUUAUAACAGAUGUUAUGUUUAUUUGAUACUUCACAUUUUUUUUUUAAAUCGUAUGAGAUAUGUUUACCUUUUGUUUUUA